AUGGUAGUCGCAUCGUGGGCCAUUUGGCCCCUGUCGACUUUAGUUUUUGUUGCAUCAGCCGGGUCUUUCCCGCCUGCUCCUGAAGGACUUUCGGUCAUUGAUUCUACUAAAUUCCCUGGAGUUUCCAUUUCAUACAAAGAAACAAAAAUCUGCGAAACGACGGACGGCGUCAAGUCAUACAGCGGAUACGUGCACCUCCCGCCCAACUCGGACGAAAGUAGAGACUACGAAAGCCACAUGUACUUUUGGUUCUUCGAAGCUCGAAACGAUGCGGAAAACGCGCCCCUGUCGGUUUGGCUCCAAGGUGGGCCAGGUGUGCCCUCUGUAACAGCAGCUAUAGGAGAGAAUGGACCAUGCAUCGUCCUAGACGAUUCCAGGUCUACUGAACUCAAUGCCUGGUCGUGGAACGACAAAGUCAGCAUGCUGUACAUCGAUCAGCCCGUCCAAGUGGGCUUCAGCUAUGACUCCUUGGUCAAUGGAACGAUCGAUGAGGUGAAAACGCCGUUUGCAUACAACCCGGCGAACUUUUCGCAGACGGGCAUACCGGAGACGAACUUAACUUUUCUUACCGGAACCUUCGCUUCGCGCGAUCUGUACAACGCACCGAAUACUACGAUCGCAGCAGCACCAGUGAUGUGGCACUUCAUGCAGGCUUGGAUGCAAGGUUUUCCCGAGUACCAGUCGAAGAGCAAUAGCUUCAGCAUAUGGGGGGAGUCCUAUGCCGGGCAUUAUGCUCCCGUCUACGCCGCCUACUUCGAGCAACAAAAUGAUCGCAUAGCCAAUGGAAGCAUCACUGGCUCCGCCAUCCAACUCCACCUCGACACCGUCGGUCUUGUCAACGCAUGCAUCGAUAUGGACACGCAGAUGCCGUUCUACCCGGAGUUCGCCUUCAACAAUACAUAUGGCUUCCGGACGAUAAACGAGACGCAGUACGAAUCCGCCAUUGCCGCGACCGAGACUUGUCGGAACAUGACCGCAACAUGCAGAACAAUGGCCGAUGAGCAGGACCCAGAAGGGUUGGGCACCAAUUUGGGUGUUAAUGAGGCUUGCUUGAGCGCAUUCAUGUACUGCUUCGCCACGAUGCAUGAUGGCUACACCAAAGAGCGAAACCUCUUCGACAUCGCCGCGCCCUUAUAUCCUGAAGCAUUCCCGCCAAAGUGGGGCGCCGGCUACUUGAACGACGCUGAGAUCCAGCAAGCUCUGGGUGUGCCCCUCAACUGGACAGGAAACUCGCUCGUCGUCGCAAAUGGCUUCAAUCUCACUGGGGACUUCGUCCGCGGCAACGGCCUCGCGAAUCUCGGAACUCUGCUCGACAAGGGCGUUAAGGUCGCUUUGGUCUAUGGCGACCGAGACUACCAGUGCAACUGGAUGGGCGGCGAAGCCAUCAGUCUGGCAAUUGACUCUCAGAUGUCUACCGCCUUCGAGAACGCAGGCUACGCCGACAUAGAGACCAAUGCGUCCUACGUCGGGGGGCUUGUGCGGCAGUACGGCAAUCUAUCAUUCUCCCGCGUCUACCAAGCCGGUCACGAAGUCCCAUACUACCAACCCGAAACCGCCUACCAAAUCUUCAACCGCGUCAUGUUCAACACCGACGUCGCAACCGGCAAACUUGCCACCUCCUCCUGCAACGGCACCUAUUCAAGUACCGGUCUCGCGUCCGCCUGGACGGCGUCGGAGCUGCAUCUCGACGAAGAACCCGCGCAGUGCUAUCUGUGGGACGUGCUGGAGACGUGCACACUGGCGCAGGGGCAGAUCCUUAUGAAUGGAUCGGCGGUUGUGAAGGACUUCAUACUGGUGGGGUAUAAGGCAGAAAAUGGGUCGGAGAUUUUCUUUGAUGGGUCCGAUGGCCAGGGCGCUGGGGUGGGCGAGCGCGGGAAUAACGAGACGCAGACGGGCGCUGCGAAUGGUAGGAUGCCGUCUGGAAGCAUGGGAAGGUUGGCAAUUUCUGUGGUUGUGCUGGUGGGAUUGCAGAUAGUGGCUUUUUAGGCGGGUAGAGUUUAAGGGUAAGU